ACCUACAUCAACAUCGCCGCGAUAAAUUUCCAACCCCCUAUUCUGUAUUUUAGCAUUUCUUUUUUCAAAAUUUACUUAUCAUUCUUGAUCUUUAAGAGGCUUUAGACAAAGUAAAGAAUCUACUUUAUAAAGAGAGCUGAUACGAUAUAUUUAGUACAAUAGAGAGUGUUGUAAACAUAUCUUCAAGAUUAAAUUGCAAGUCGAAAUAAUGUCUACCAGCAAUACGGACACAGGUGACACCACAAUAAUAGCAUCCACUACAGAAAUACAAAAUGGGCAACCAGACAAAUUCGGGAUAGUGACCCCCCGCGAAGCACUUAUAACAACUGCGGUGAACUUUCUACAAAAUGCUAAAGUACGACACACAACACUUAUGCAAAAACGACAGUUUCUGCAAUCCAAAGGUUUAACCAACGAUGAAAUAGAGCUUGCAUGCCAGCGAGCUGGUAUUUUUACAGACGACCCCAAUAUGUCCACUUUGAUUAACAUAAGUAACAACGGUCUGGAACAUCAGCAAUUAGUUUGGCAGCCACGCCAAAAUGCUUACGGGCGCAUCAAAGAGGUUUUGCAUAAUUUAGCGCUUAUUAGUGGUGUUGCAUAUGGAUUUUAUCUAUUUUGGAAGAAAUAUAUAGAACCAUUUCUAUUUGGAAAGAAAAAGAAGAAACCGGUAGAGGAGGUGCUUGAUGAUAUCGAUAAAAAGGUCGAUACACGGCUGGAUGCUGUAAACACGGAACUUACCAUUAUCAAGGUACAGUUGCAAGACCAACAGCGUGAGCAACGCCAGAAUCUCAAUCAAGAAUUCAAUGUAUUUCGAAGUGAUCUGGAGGCCAUAAAAGGAUUAUUGCUUAAUCGUAAACAGUUUGCUACGCCUAUCACUGCCGGCCCACCCUCAAUACCUGCUUGGCAGUUGGCUGCCACUUCACAUCAUCAUCACGCUCGACUCUCACAGUUAGACGAUAAUGAGAAAGUAGAUGAUGCUGGCUCUGGUUCGGGGUCAUCCGAAACAGAAGUGGUUACCAAAAAUAGUGAUUCCAGUUUGGAAAUGAUGUAGAAGCCUGCAUGCUUCUAUAUAUUUUGCUGCAGCUGUUUGCUGCGAAAUGCUCAUCAGUAAUAUAAAAGCAAAAGCUGAGGCAGAUUAGUUUAGGUAAAAACUGCUAACAUUAGUCUAAGUUAAACUGCGAUAACCAGCAUAUAUGUAUACCAAUAGCCAUGAACAUAUGUGUAUUUAUGACAUUAUAUAGCACCGCUGGUGGCGUAAAAAAUAUUUUUCUUAUUUUUGUGUUAUAAAUAUGUUUAUCGCUGCUUUCUGGUUAAUCAACACAUAGAUAUUUACUUGAGUAAACGCUUUUGUUUACAUAUAUAAAUAUGUUACGGUUUUGUAUGCAAAGACAAAGUAAGAAAUGUUUUAUGGCUUAUGAUAAAAAAUAUUGAAGAACACAUAUGUAUGUAGGUUAAAAAAAUUCUAACAAGAUGUGAAUGCUUUCUGUUUUAAAUGAAAAAAAUUUCGGCUAAAAACUUGCACAUUCGUUUUUACUUUGUAACAAUAUCAUGGAAAUUAGCUAAUUUAGUGGGUGAAAAAAUAGUCAUUAGUUUGUAUUGGCAUGUAAUAUGUACAUAUGUACAUAGGCAUUAGGCAUGUGUUCUACUAUGGGUUUUAAGUUGGCUGUUGCUUGCAAAGCUAAUAAAUAUUAAAGCAUAAAUAAAGUGAA